GGCGCCGCCCAUAGAUAACGCGUAAAACAAGCAUGGCUUUCAGCGUGAGGUCGGGCCGAGCUUUCUCGCUUAAAAGAUCGGCGAAUGAAACGUACGUAAAAUACAAAAACAAAUGCGAUGAGCUGCAGAAGCACCUUCAGGUCCCCCUGUUCGACGAAAACGAGGCGCCAUUUGCUCCGACCAUCGACGAAAUGAAACGGGCAGAGUCCAUCUUCGUGAGCAACAGGAACCACACGAUUUCCUUCAUCAAAUCGGCUGUUCGCCCGCACCAGUAUCCAGAUCACGAUCUCCCUGAGGUCGCUGUCUUGGGAGCGAGCAACGUGGGAAAGUCAUCACUGCUUCAGGCGGUGUUUCACAAGGUGCCGGAUGUAUGUGUCAAGGUCUCCAAGAAACCGGGUCACACAAAAACGCUAAAUUUUUACGGUGUUGGGAAGAAGUUUGGUCUUGUCGACAUGCCAGGCUACGGUUUCCGGCAGCCCAAAGAGUUUUCUGCGUUCGCCAGCGCGUUCCUCACAAGUCGGACGAACCUAAAGAGAACAUUCCUGGUUCUGGAUGGGCACGUCGGAUUCCGGAACUUUGACCAGGACGCCGUUGAAAUGUUUGAACAGCUCAAAGUGCCUUACGGGCUGGUGCUGACAAAGAUCGAUAAGGCAAGUGACGCGGUAAUUCUGAAGAACCUGAUGUUUGUUCAGCAACUGCGAGACAAGUUUAUGUCCCAUCUAUGUUUCCCUCAACCGUUCCUUGUCAGUUCCAUCACAAUGGAGGGAAUUGGUUACUUCCAAGCGUUUCUGGCAUACAUUGCUGGUCAAUUGCAAGUAAAGGGCGCUUGAGUUUGAAUUUGGUGUAGUUCAUCGUUGGUAUGAGCGUGAACCACUCUGGAGUUAGCAUAUGGUGUCAGUCAUCAGGAAAACCUAGAACAUCAGGAAAUAGAGUUCUUAAAUUCUCAUACUAAGUUUUUUUUUAUGGGAAGAACACAAGAACACUUGACAACUUCUUUAGUUGUGCUCAUUCAACACAGGCAUAAAAUAAGAAGUUUUUUUCCUUUG